CGGCGCUGGGGGUGGAGCCGGGACCGCAGCGCCCGCCACCCGCCGCCCGCUUGCUGGCUGUACGCUGAAGCCGCCACCGCUGCUCUCGGAUCUGGGACGCGAGGCUGGCGUUCCGUGAGGCUCCGGCGCCUGCAGCUGCUGCCCUGCUCCAGAGCCCCGGGCUGCAGCGCUCGGGGUCCGGGUCCUUGUGCCCCUCUGUCCCCCGAUCUCUCUCCCUGCCGGGAAAAAGACACCGUGCUGCUCCUGCAACCCAGGGCUCGCGCCCCUGGGCUAUGGAGAGCGGCCCGUGAGGGGUGCGCGUAGGCGGAGGAGGAGGAGAGGGAGGAGGGAGGCCAAGGAGGAGGGCGCGCGACCAGGAUGAUGCCGCCGCCGCCGCCACCCUCCGGCCCCGGGCGAGCCUGACUCUAGACCCGAGGAUGGAGCCGGCGCUGGGCUCUGCAGCGGUUCCUGGAGCGCCCCGGACCAGUUCCUGGAUAGUGCCUGCUGGCCUGGAUCACUGGUAGAUGCCUGUGAAGAAAUGCAGUGGUGUCACAACUGAAGAGAGGGCCCUUGGCUACUAAGAAUGAUGACCUGCCCAUCAUUGCUUGUGUGCCCUGCCUAUUUGCUCCUGGAAGGACACUUAUGUUUGCCUUGGGGCACUUGGCCCAAGUGGGCCUGCACUUGUCAGGGGCCCAGGAUUCAAGCAGAGAGGGUUUGCCCUCAGCUCCUCCACCACCCCAUGGCAAUGUUCUUUGCCAGGAUGGGAUGGGUAUAUUCCGGAUUGAAGCUUUUCCCUAAUUACUAUCACUUGGUGGCUGGUACCAAGUCCUCAUGUGGUAAAUGGUAACUAUUGCUUAUAUCCUGUGGUUUGGAAGAAGAAUCCCUGUCCCUGGCUGUCUCUUUGGAGCUACCCUUUCGACCUGGAGGCUUGGGGUGACCCCCUACUCCCCUAAUCACCGAACCAGUUGAAUUCUAAAAGCCUGCUGGCUACCAACUGAGGCAUAGGCUCUGACCACUGGACUGCCUGUCCAGGCUAGGUCUGAGCACUGGCAGCCAAGUCUCUCCAGCGUGGAGCCCCUUUUUGACCCUGUGCCUUGGCGCAGCAGCCCCAUGCCGGUGCCCAGCCAUGCAAUGUUCCUGGAAGGCCGUCCUCCUCCUCGCCCUGGCCUCCAUCGCCAUUCAGUACACGGCCAUUCGCACAUUCACUGCCAAGUCCUUCCACACCUGCCCGGGGCUGGCCGACGCAGGGCUGGCUGAGCGUCUCUGCGAGGAGAGCCCCACCUUCACCUACAACGUCUCUCGAAAGACCCACAUCCUCAUCCUGGCCACCACACGCAGCGGCUCAUCCUUUGUGGGCCAGCUCUUCAAUCAGCACCUGGAUGUCUUCUACCUGUUUGAGCCCCUCUACCACGUCCAGAACACACUCAUCCCCCGCUUCACCCAGGGCAAGAGCCCUGCGGACCGCAGGGUCAUGCUGGGCGCCAGCCGUGACCUCCUGCGGAGCCUGUAUGACUGUGACUUGUUCUUCUUAGAGAACUACAUCAAGCCGCCCCCGGUCAACCACACCACAGACAGGGUCUUCCGCCGAGGUGCCAGCAGGGUCCUCUGCUCCCGUCCAGUGUGCGACCCUCCGGGGUCCCCCGACCUGGUCCUGGAGGAGGGCGACUGUGUGCGCAAGUGCGGCCUCCUGAACCUGACCGUGGCGGCAGAGGCCUGCCGCGAGCGCAACCACGUGGCCAUCAAGACUGUGCGUGUGCCGGAGGUGAACGACUUGAGAGCUCUGGUUGAAGACCCCAGGCUGAACCUCAAGGUCAUCCAACUAGUCCGAGAUCCGCGUGGCAUCCUGGCCUCCCGGAGCGAAACCUUCCGGGACACGUACCGACUCUGGCGCCUUUGGUACGGCACUGGGAGGAAGCCCUACAACCUGGAUGUGACGCAGCUGACCACAGUGUGCGAGGACUUCUCCAACUCUGUGUCCACCGGCCUCAUGCGGCCCUCGUGGCUCAAGGGCAAGUACAUGCUGGUGCGCUACGAGGACCUGGCCAGGAACCCCAUGAAGAAGACAGAGGAGAUCUACGGCUUCCUGGGCAUCCCUCUGGAUGGUCACGUGGCCCGCUGGAUCCAGAACAACACACGUGGCGACCCCACCUUGGGCAAGCACAAAUAUGGCACCGUGCGCAACUCCGCAGCCACUGCUGAGAAGUGGCGCUUCCGUCUCUCCUAUGACAUUGUGGCCUUCGCCCAGAACGCCUGCCAGCAGGUACUGGCCCAGCUGGGCUACAAGAUGGCCACCUCGGAGGAGGAGCUGAAGAACCCAGCCAUCAGCCUGGUGGAGGAACGCGACUUCCGCCCUUUCUUGUGACCCGGGCAAGUGGUGGGGGUGGGAGGCAGGUGGCGUUGGUUUUGCCAGCGAGGACCCAAUGUGGACCAUUUUUAACUGUUGCCUUAUCUCCCCCUCCUUCUCCCACCCUGUCUGUGUGUCCUUCCCACCCCCUUCCUACCCCACCCUCUCCUGCCUCUUUUUUGUCCCUGAAAUUUGCACUACGUCUGGGGAGUUGGGGAAUCAUUGGGUCAGAGGGCACGUGAUGUGGUGUGCGCCCCCAACCCCACCCCAUUCAGGCGCACGGACGGAUGUUGGGUCUCUCGGUGGACGGGGACGAUGUUUACAGGCACCCCAGUCACAUUCAUACACGCACAGGGGAGAGGCGUCCCCAGCACAUAACUUCUCCAGCUUUUUGAAUGGAUGAGUGGUCGGGGGUACUGUAGUUUUUGCACUUUCUCAAGGUAAGAGGAUAUAAACAAAGGGGCCACCUCUUCCUGAAAGAGGUCUGUCCCUGCCCCAUCUCUGCGCCUUGCCCUAGUCUCCCACUCCCUCCGUUGAAGCAGAGGACCUACCCCUCCUGCCCACCCUUGCCUGGUGGUGAGCAGGUUUUUACUGUGAGGUGAACGUGAAAUUUCUUCUUUUUUUCCCCCCUGAUCUGUGAUGAUUUUGUUUGUCUGAGUCUUGUGGACGCCCCUGGACCAGUGAUGACUGUUGAAUCUUAGGUGUUUCUGAUUGAUCUUAGGGUCCCUUCUGUAAUAUUUCUUUGUGCCAAAAAAAAGACAAAAAAAAUGAAUCAGUUUGCUAACUGAACAUUGAAAUGCUUUAUUUGUGUUUUCUGUAAAUAAAAGUGUGCAAUAAUGA